GACAGCGACAGCGGUGAGGGAGUGUUGUGCACGCGCUUUUCAGGUUGAUGUCUUUACAACGCGAAAGUUAUCGCUUGCUUCCAUCUCGCUGGAGCGGCACACGCUCGGCGUGUGCCAGUAUUUAAAGGGGGAACACCUCAGUCAAUGCCAAAUUUGUGAAGCGGGGUGAGGAAAUGGCAUUUCAGCUGUUUUUGCAGACCGAGCGCGGCGCUGCUGCUGGCGGUGACGCCUAAAUUGAGCUCUAAUAAAGGUGGAUAAUCUCUAGCAGAUGAAGAUGGUCAAUUCAAGCGUUUUGUUAUCGUCAUGGCAAACGGAACCGGCAGCAUCAUGUUGAAAUGCGUGGUUGUCGGCGACGGCGCCGUUGGAAAAACUUGUCUGUUGAUGAGCUAUGCCAACGACGCCUUUCCAGAGGAAUAUGUGCCCACUGUUUUUGAUCAUUAUGCAGUGAGUGUGACCGUUGGGGGAAAACAGUACCUGCUGGGGCUGUAUGACACUGCAGGCCAGGAGGACUAUGAUCGCCUGCGACCCCUGUCCUACCCCAUGACAGAUGUCUUCCUCAUUUGCUUCUCCGUGGUGAAUCCGGCCAGCUUCCAGAACGUAAGAGAGGAGUGGGUCCCUGAGCUGCAGGAGUACGCGCCCAACGUCCCUUACCUGCUCAUCGGCACUCAGAUUGACCUACGGGAUGACCCCAAAACUAUUUCCAAGCUGAACGAUGUGAAGGAGAAGCCCAUUGUGACAGAACAGGGCCAGAAGCUAGCAAAGGAGAUUGGUGCCUGCUGUUAUGUUGAAUGCUCAGCACUGACGCAGAAAGGUCUGAAAACUGUGUUCGACGAGGCCAUUAUAGCCAUUCUGGCUCCUAAGAAAGGCGCGCUCAAGCGAAGACUGGGCCCACGCUGCAUCAACUGCUGCCUCAUCACAUGAUACACCAGCUCAGGGGCGUCCAGGUGGAAGAACGCAAGGACUGAUGGUGACCAAUUGACAACCAUCCAGAUUACAAUCUGACUUCUGAACUAAAGGAACGAGAACCAAUGGACGCUGUGAAAUACGAACGAUGGUGCUGUACAGUCCAAGUUAUGGGCAAAUGACAAAAAGACACAUUCUUCAGGGAGAAAUGACACAAGAACACUAAUCUUUGAGAUGGAAUACAAGGAAAACAACGAAAUGAUUUGCUGAACGUACAAGCACAGAGAAUAGACAAUGAAAGAAAUGUAAAGAUGUCUGAGACACCCUUUUUAAUGGCUAAGAACAAUCGAACUGUAUUUCCGUGUCUGGCUCAGCGAGCACGAGUACGAAACUCAGACAAGCCUAAACAGCACAACCAAACCCUUCGGUCAUUUACAGAAGUAAAACUUUAUUUAACUUCAAAAAGGGAAACUCAGCAUCUCAAUUUAGUUAGCAAAACCAUUGCUUUUUACAAAAUGUCUCAAGACAGAACUGGCUUUAUUUACAAGGAAGAGAGGAAUUCUCAAAUUAAUAUACUGCCAUUAUGAGCAUACAACAAAUUAAA